CCCAAUCCAUACCUCUAUAUAACUUCGCUUUCUCCCCGUCUUCUCUGCCACACAACCAAUCCUCUCCGCCUCUCCAACCUUUACCUCUCACCAUUUUCUCACAGAAAAUCACAAUCCGUUUUCACGCGAAGCUAUGGCGCUCAAGAUUUCUCCGGCCUUUUCCUCCAUCCUGGCCUCUCGUGGCGGGGACAACAGUCUGUUUCCCUCUGUUUCUGCCGCCUCGCCGUCUGUUCUCCGCCUGAAGCCUACUGGUUCCGCGCCGUCGUCGGUGGUCUGCAGAGCGGCGAACGACAAACCUCUGACAGGGGUCGUAUUUCAGCCCUUCGAAGAGGUGAAAAAAGAGCUCGAUCUAGUGCCGACAUCUCCGAACGCCUCUCUGGCGAGGCACAAGUUUGUUGAUGCGUGCGAGGCUGCAAUCAACGAACAGAUCAAUGUGGAAUACAACGUCUCCUAUGUCUACCAUGCCAUGUAUGCCUAUUUUGACAGAGACAAUGUCGCUCUCAAGGGCUUGGCCAAGUUCUUCAAGGAAUCAAGUGAAGAGGAAAGGGAACAUGCUGAGAAAUUGAUGGAGUACCAGAACAAACGUGGUGGGAAAGUGAAGCUGCAAUCCAUUUUGAUGCCCCUCUCCGAGUUCGACCAUGCUGAGAAAGGCGAUGCUCUUUAUGGUACUUUCCUCGUUGUUUAUUUCAACCUUGGGUUCAAGUGUGAAGAAGCUGUUCAAUUUAUGCUUUGAUUCCUUAGAACCGUGGAGAAAAGUUGAAAACUUUUGAACAUAUAACUAGUGGUUUAGGUGUGAAAUAAAUGAACUUAGCAUCACUGUAUCUGUAACCAGUUACCGUGAGCUGGCUGGAAUGUAUGAACUCAUUGUGUUUUUAAUCUUCUUUUCUGUAAAUCAGCAAUGGAACUUGCCCUGUCUCUGGAGAAACUAACAAACGAGAAGCUCCUGAAUUUGCACAGCGUUGCUGAAAGUUCAAAUGAUGUGCAACUGACUGAUUUUGUUGAAGGCGAGUUCUUGGCUGAGCAGGUUGAGUCGAUCAAGCAGAUCUCGGAGUAUGUUGCCCAACUGAGGAGGAUUGGGAAGGGACAUGGUGUAUGGCACUUCAACCAGAUGCUUCUCAAAGAGGGAGCUGCUGCAUGAUGAGCAACGCUGGCUAUCUCUUCUUGACAAGGGCUGUUUGAGAUCAAUCGUGAUUAGGGAUUUCGUCCUCCCACCUUUUAUUUUGGUUUUGUGAGGUUUUUUGGAAGUUGUAGAGAUCAGAACAAGCUAUGGUUGUUGAACUUGGAAGAUAGGAAGUUUGUUUGCAGGUGGUGGAUGAAUGGUAUGAAAUGGUGGACGAUUGAUCGUUUUGAGUAUGCAUUUGCCACUGCUUUGCCGAAGAAAAGAUUAGUUUUGACAGAAGAAUUGGAAAGAGAACAAAAUGGAAGGGUAGCAAAGUCAACUUACUUCUCCCCCAACCAUUUAUUCUGUCAAGUGGAUUAAUACAAAUGAGUCAGGUCCAAGGAAGGUUAAAGAAAAGAUAUCAUAGAUGUGAAAGCUCACAAGUCACAACCCAAAGCACACAAAGCCACAACUCACAAGCAUACACAAUAUCCAGAUUUUACAGCAACUAAAACCCAAGCCAACCCAAGAGGCAAUUGAUCUUCAGACACUAAAUCACCAAGGAGCAUCCGCCACAACAACAAAAGAAGACACCACACCAUCUUUAAUUAGUUAUCUGGAACCAAAGCAGAGCUUCCAAGGAGAAGAGGAAACCUACAAUGAACAAAUCGACAUAGCGAUCGACUUCAAACCAAGAGAGAAAUCAUUGAUUCCAAACGACCAACUCGGGGCGCAAAUAUGGGAAAAUCAUAUCAGAAGCAAAACAACACCAUCAGCUAAAGAAAGGCAUGUAGAAGGAUUCCACUCAAGGAUAGGAAAGAGCCCAAAGGGCCAGAAAAAAAAAAUAAAAAAUGUGAGAAAAGUAGAGAAAAUCGCUAAGCAAAAGUAAAGAAAACAGAGAGCAGAGAGGAAAUGAGCUAUCACGGGUCACCUAAAGGUGUUAGCGGCGCGCUAAGGAAGAGUGACAAAAUAACUAGUUUGGAUGGAGUAUUUCUGUAUUUGUAUAGAGUAUGUGUGAGUUAUUUCGGUUAAAAACUCAUAUACAAAUAAUUCUUUUGUGAGGAACAGUGAGUUAUCUACCAAUAACUCAAAAC